AUGGACCGAAGUAAGCGGAAUUCAAUAGCAGGCUUUCCACCACGCUUGGAGCGCGCUGAAGACUUUGAUGGUGGCGCUGGAGGAGAAGGGCCUGUCUCCCAGAUAGGAAGAGUUUGUACCUCUUCGUACAGAGCCCUGAUAAGUGCCUUUUCCAGACUGACUCGUCUUGAUGACUUCACAUGUGAGAAAAUUGGCUCUGGUUUCUUCUCCGAGGUGUUCAAGGUAAGGCACAGAACUUCAGACCAGGUAAUGGCUUUGAAGAUGAACACGCUCAACAGCAACAGAGCAAACAUGCUGAAAGAGGUUCAACUUAUGAAUAGACUCUCACAUCCGAACAUCUUAAGGUUUAUGGGUGUCUGUGUGCAUCAAGGACAGCUGCACGCACUUACUGAGUACAUCAACUGUGGUAACCUGGAACAGCUAUUAGACAGUAACCAGCAUCUGCCCUGGACAGUGAGGGUGAAACUGGCAUAUGACAUUGCUAUGGGAAUCAGUUAUCUUCACUAUAAAGGCAUUUUCCACCGAGACCUUACAUCUAAGAACUGCUUAAUAAAACAUGAUGAGAAUGGAUACUCAGCAAUAGUAGGAGACUUUGGUUUAGCAGAGAAAAUUCCUGAUCACAGUGAGAAGUUACCAGUGGUGGGUUCACCCUUCUGGAUGGCACCAGAAGUUCUCAGAGAUGAACCUUACAACGAAAAGGCAGACGUGUUCUCCUACGGUAUAAUUUUGUGUGAGAUUAUAGCAAGAAUACAGGCAGAUCCAGACUAUCUCCCUCGCACAGAGAAUUUUGGAUUAGAUUAUGAUGCCUUCCAGCACAUGGUGGGAGACUGUCCCCCUGACUUCCUCCAGCUGGCCUUCAACUGCUGUAAUAUGGAUCCAAAGUUGCGUCCUUCGUUUGCUGAUAUUGUCAAAACACUGGAGGAGAUUUUAAAUCGCCUGAGAAAUGAAGACUCGGAGAGAGAGAGAAAGUUUUUGAAUCUUGACAUCAGUGAAAGAAAACCCAAAGGUUCAAUUGAAAAAGGACCAGGAGUAAAACGUUUGAGUUCCCUGGAUGAUAAGAUCCCACCCAAGUCACCCCGUCCGCGUCGGAAUAUCUGGUUGUCACGCAGCCAGUCGGAUAUCUUCUCCCGCAAGCCUUCCAGGAAGAUAAACGUGCAGGACCCCUACUAUACGCCAAACAAAGGCUUAGGCCGGAAAGUUAAUCCAUUCAGUGCCCGGGAGGAUCUCAAGGGAGGGAAGAUCAAAUUCUUUGACAUGCCAAGCAAGUCUGUGAUCUCCCUUGUGUUUGACUUGCAUUCUCCAGAGGCGGGUGGAGGCCUGAAAGCCAGUCAGUCCCAGUUCCGGCAGGCGUAUAGCACAGACUGGCAAGAAUUUUCCCUUCUUCCUGGAAGAAGAUGCAGAUCACUUCCACUCUCUCCUGAAUUGCCGCACAAGGAAUAUGGCCUGUUUGGGGGACUGUCAUCAACUGUCAGCAGGUGUGACCCAACCCAGCUAGGUGCAGAAGUUCGGCAAAAACUCCUGAGUAGCAGUAAAUAUGGUGUGUCAGAGAUACCCCCCUUUCAAGCCAAGCCUCACAGGCCAGAAUUCCUUCCUGCACCAGGACAAGAAGAGGAUAUGGACUGUUCAGAUGGGCCAGCGGCCCAGGAGGAAAAUGGGUUUUGCCCUGUUGAGAACACGUGUGGAGAUCCAGCAUGUAAUCAACCAUUAGUGCUGGCCCAGCCUGAGCCGCUAUCUUACAAAAAGCUCCCAGUUGAGAAUUCAGUGAACUCUGAGGGACAUGGCUCCUCACAAGUGUUUGUGGGUUGUCUCCCUUCUGAAGAGAUGGAGGUGGAAGAUGAUCUGCUGAAAAAUAUUCCGCUAGAAUCUACAAAGCCUCUGUUCAGUGUUAGUCCUUCCACCGAGCUGAAGAGAGAGGCAUGGUCCUUCAGGGAGCAGGAUGGGGACAGUCCUGCCCUGUUGUCUCAGACCUCCUCCAACAUCUCAGCAAGUGGCAGCACGCAGUCAACUUGUGACAUAUGA